AUGUCUAUAAGAAGUAAUUUGAUAUUGAGUAAUAAUCAUAAAAAAAUAAAUAAUUAGUCGAAAAGUGAAAUAGUGCUUAAAAACCAAACAAAUGAAUAAAAUAUUUCAUUCAUAUAAAAUAAAAUAAAAAGCCAAUUAAUAAUUAAAUAGAAACCUAUAGAGGAAUAAAUAGUAAUAAUAAGAGAUGAAAUUAAAAGUUUAGAAUAGAGAGAUGACAUUUCUAGUAUAAAAAGAAAGUUCUAUUAAAGUUAAUUAAAAUCAGAACUAGUUGAAAAACUUGAAAAAAUAGGAAGAGCAUAAAUUGUAUAGAUACCUCAUAUGAAUUAAAAUUUAGAUAUAUCAAAUCCUGAAUUAAUGCUUUAUGUAUUAAAAGAGUCAUUUGCAUAUGAUCAAAAUAGAAAACUCUUAAUUACAAAUGAUGAAGAUUCUUGUGGUUUAGAAUCUUUGAUAAGUGUUUAUGGAAAAGAUUAAGAAUGUUUAAGUUUUAGAUCAACUGAUAUUGAAUAUGAAACAUUCUGUAAUGAUUAAGAAUAUAGAAAUUCAUACAUUAGAACUUUUUAAGAGAAGGUUUCUUAAAUAUUUUAAGUUCCUCCUAGUGAUAUAGAAAUGUUAGAUGUUGCUAAAGGAAGUACUAUAUUAAGAUUUACAAUAAAUGGUAGAUCAGAAAUUGAAAAUAAUUAGGAAGAAAUUAAAUUUUUAGAAAAUGUAUGUGGAGGACAAAUUACUUUUUAUAAUUAUUUUGUUAAGGCCAAUUAAAAUCAUUUAAGUAUUUCGUUAAAUGAUUUCGAUCCAAAAUAUAAUAUGUCUUGGAACAACUUUCCAGAAAAAGAGAAAAGAGGUCCAAAAAAUGAUCAAUAUGAUUAUUAUUUUCCUAAAGGUUGUUAUGGAUUUGGGUUAAAUAUUAAUAAUUUAAAAAACAAAGGGAAAAAUUUGGAUUGGAUUAAAAUGGAUGGUAAUAAAGAUGAAUGGAGAAUAUUAUUUCAUGGUACUUAAAAUUAAUUUGUUGUAAACAUAAUAAAAGAGGGAUUGUAAUAAGGUAAUAGAAAUGCCCAUUUUUCAUGCUCUAGUAUGAAAAAUUAAGAUCAAAUUGGCAAGGGAAUCUAUUUUUCUGAUAAAUUUGAAGCUUGUUUAGAAUAUGCACAUCCUGUUUAAAUUGGUGAUAAAUAAUUUAAAGUAUUAUUUAUGAGUAGGGUUAAUCCAUAAAAGAUUGUAAUGUGUUAAAGUAUGAUAAAAAAGCGUUAUUUUGUGGUGAAUAAUUCUGAAGAUGUAAGAUCAUAUAGAAUUUUAUUAUAUCAAUCUUAAGGAGUUUGA